AUGGCUACAUUGGGUGAAGAUGCGUUUGAUUAUAUUUACUCACCAUACAAUCCAUAUUCUUACCAAUACCUGAGCAGCCGACCGAAAGCUUCCAGCUGGAGACCGAGGGGUUACUUGAACAACUACGGUGACCCUGGGGAAUAUUUUGAUAACUAUCAGCGGGCUCAGCUCAAAGCGAUAUUAUCCCAGGUGAACCCAAACCUAACACCGCGAGUGAGAAAGGCCAACACGAAAGAUGUUGGAGUGCAGGUUAACCCCAAGGUUGAUGCGUCUGUGCAAUGUUCCCUGGGCCCCAGGACCCUGCUGACGGUGACCAUGAGACCAAGGCGCCGGCCCUCCCAGGCCCAAGUGCAGGGCAGCCCGGCCAGCAUGCCCAGGAAUGUGCGCUUCCGCAGGACCAUGGCCAUUUACUCCCCGAUUGUCUCCCCCAAUCUCAACAGCUUCGUGUCCAGGGGAGAGCCGCGGCAGGCUGCCCGAGAAACCCCCGGGAAGCCAGGGCAGCAAGAGGAAGGCGAGCCUGAGGCAGUGAAACAGGAGGUGCCGGCCCCAGAGCAGGAUGUCGGAGCUGGGGAGAGAGGAGGUGAACCCGCGGACAGUCCGGGCCUUUCAGCCGGAGAGCUGCCUGAAACUCCAGCGGAAAAUGGCAACAAGCCGGAGGAUGCAGACACAGUCCCGAAAACCGGCACAAGCGAGAAACGCCUGAGAUUUCAGUUCCUGGAGCAGAAAUACGGAUAUUUCCACUGCAAAGACUGCAGCGCCCGCUGGGAGAGUGCAUACGUGUGGUGUGUACAAGGUACUAACAAGGUCUACUUUAAGCAAUUUUGCAGAACCUGCGAGAAGGCCUACAACCCUUACCGGGUCGAGGACAUCACCUGUCAAACCUGCAAACAGACCAGAUGCACAUGUCCCAUCAAAAUGCGCCACGUUGACCCGAAGAGACCCCACCGUCAGGAUCUCUGUGGGAGAUGCAAGGGCAAGCGGCUCUCCUGUGAUAGCACUUUCAGCUUCAAAUACAUCAUUUGAUU